UGAUAUAAAGCAAAAUAUACGUUCAAAUCUGGUGGUUUUUUUUCUCUCUUUAAACAUAUUUAAACAAUAGAAAGUUAAAAUAUUUCAAAAUAGUAAUUAUAAUUUUUCUGUAUUUAUGAAUGUUGAAAAAUGUAAAUAUACAUUAAGGAAGGAAAUGUUUUGUUUGUUAAAAUUAUUAUAGUGCACAUUAAGUAAAGUGAUUGUGAACAAUAUAUAUAUCUAUACAAAUGCAUAAUGACGUGUACAUGUACAAUCCAAUUUGAAAGAGCAAAUUACGUAUUUACGAUAUAACAUAAAACCUGUCUUCCAUAAAAGUCUGUUCAGAAGUAUAGUUUUUCAUUACAAGAGUCUGUGAUUUUUAGAAGUAAAUAAGAAAAAUUUAUUUUUUCCUUCCACUAUUAAUUUAACCUACUGUGUGUUUAGAAGAAGGUAUACAAAAAAAAUGGUUCUACAAUGUUUAUCAAAUUGUAUCAAACGAGAAACGGCAUUUCAGAUAAUUUUCAGUGUAUUAGCAUUAAUUAAUUUAGUACCAGCAGGAAUGACAGUUGGAUAUUCUUCUAUUGUUCUGCCAUAUUUAAAUAAUACACAUGAUAUUAAUUUAAAAAAUCAGGAACCAACAAUAUUUGCCUCAAUUCCAUCGAUAUUCAUGUUAAUUGGUUGCGUAAUAAGCAUCUACACCAUGACCUUUGGAAGAAGAAGGGCAAUUUUAACCGGAAGUUUAACGAAUAUUAUCGGAUGGGCAGUCAUAGCUUCGAGCUAUAAUGUACCUCAACUCUUAAUAGGACGAGUGAUAUCAGGAUUUGCCAUGGGAUUGUGUACAGUUCCUGGGGUGGCAUACAUAUCCGAAAUGACAACACUUAAAUUAUCACCGAUGCUUAAUUCUUGUUCUAGUCUUUUUAUAUCCCUAGGAACAUUAUUUAUUUACUUUCUUGGCUAUAUCAUUGAGGGGAAUUGGCGACUCAUUGCCUGCUUUCCUGUUUUCGUCUCAGUUGUCUCGACUCUUUUAACUGUUAUUUAUCUUCCCGAGAGUCCCCGUUGGCUCUUGAUUCAAAAUCAAGAGAAAAAAGCCAAGGAAUGCCUCCUUCGAUUACGUGGCCUAAAGACUGAUUCAAUUCAAUUCAAAACUGAAUUCACUAAUAUGAUUAUUUACAAUGAAUCGAAAUAUGGUAAAAAUAAAAGUUGCAAUUCAUUAUUAGCGAAUAGUAAUGAAGAAAUGAAUAUCUUUCAAAACUCAUGGUCGAAUGUAAAAUAUUUUUUUUCGAUAUUCAAAAUAUCCGAAGUUUGGAAACCAUUUGUAAUUCUUAAUACUUUUUUCUUCUUUCAACAAUUUUGUGGAAUUUACGUUGUCAAUGCUUAUGCCGUGAAAUUAAUAUCGAACAAUGGAAUAACUCAGGAUCCAUUUCAAGUGGCUGUGAUGCUGGGAAUUUUGCAAAUUUGCGGUGAACUCGGACAAAUAUUGACAAGUUCAAGAUUGGGUCGUAGGAAGACGGCAAUUAUUUCAGGAAUUGGAAUGACAAUCUCGAUAACGACUCUUGGUGUUUAUAAUCAAUUCCUUCUCUCUGAUAAAUUAUCCGGAAUUCCCUUGGCUUGUAUUUCAAUUUUUGUGACUUUGGGAACUUUUGGUUUUGUCAAUUUGCCAUGGUCAAUGAUUGGCGAACUCUAUCCAACGAGAUAUGUUCAUAUUUUAGGACCCGUAACGACAUGUUUCUGUGGAUUAUUUAAUUUUUGUACAAUUUAUUUAUAUCCUACACUCGAUAAAAUAAGUUCGAUUAUGUCCAUUUAUUUUUAUAGUUUUUGCUCUUUGUGCGCGACAAUUUUUAUUAUUUUCGCAUUACCGGAAACUGUGGGUAAAUCGAAAGCGGAAAUCGAAAGACGAUUUAAGAAACAAAAUAAAAGGAAUAAUAAUGAUAAUUUAACGAUGGAAUAAUAUUUGAAUAAACGAUAUUUCUACUAAAAAA